UGUGACAAGUGACAGGCGCAGUUAUUGUGGCUAUUUGUUUUGGCGAGGAGAAAAGCAAAUCGAUCAAUUACGCAUUUUCUCAAAAUCGGGUGUAAUUUUUCCGUCGUAAUGACCAUUUUGACCAAGCCCAUCUCCGGGGAAAAGAAGGACAAACUCGCCCCGCUUGUCCAGAAUGACCAAUUGGCAACAGCGCCUCCAAGCGAGGACUUGGAAGGCCAGCCCUCCGACGUGGUGUUCCUCAAAGCCCGCGCCCGUCGCGUCUCCACCGCAACAACCCUUUGCCUGAUCCUCACCUCCCUCAUCGUCGUCAGCAUCGGCAUCUUCGUAGGCAAAUCUCUCUACAACCAGUACAUCAGCGCCCAAAUGCGCCGUUUCACCGGCUAUGCCCAAAUCCCCAUGCCCUCCGAGGACGUCGAGACCCUCUACUUCCGCGAACGUAACCCCAUGCCCGACUCAGCCCUCCUGAAAGCCCUCUCGGGGGGCGACGACGAUGACGACGACAAUAACGUCAAAGACGACUUCGAUAACAUCAUGCGCAACUACUUCCGAGAGGACUUCGAGAUCGAUCUCGAUGGGGAAAAGUACGAGAAAAUCGACGUUCCUGAUUUCAGGGAUGGGCGAAGCGGGAGGUUCAUCCACGAUUUCAAUACCAACACGACGGGGAUUAUUGAUAUCACGGGGAAUCGAUGUUUUGUGAUGCCCCUGAAUCGGGGGCAUGUUUUGCCCCCGAGGUCGCUCUUUGACUUGGUUAAUAAAAUGUGGGAUGGGUAUUAUAAAGUCGAUACGCAAGUCGUGAGGGAGACCAUGAGGGUGGUGACCCCACCUUUGAAGGAUUUGAAGGGCGUUGGGAGUUAUAUUGCGAAGGAGUGUGAGAAUAGACCGGUUUACAAGCUUGAAAAAUACGUAGGAGGAGUUGUUAAGCGAUCAGCCGAUUUGCAUGUUCAAGCCAAGUUUGCUCAGUUCUCCGGUAAUAAAAUAACAGAGUUUGAUAUUUUGAAUUUUGAAGAUGUGCAAGAUUAUGAGAAGAAGAAUAAUAUUCAUUAAGUGUUGUACAAGCUAGAGAUUUUUCAUUAUUAUUGAUUGCUUUUCUAUGAUAUUCGAUUUUGACGUAAUGCAAGUCGAGAUAUGUAUAAAUUUGCGUAAUUUUUUGUUUUUUAGUAGAUGGGGCCGGUCCAAGGACCGGUUGUAUAAUAAGUAAAAAGUUUAAAGGACGUUACUGUGCAUGUAAUUGUUGUACAAUUUUGUAUACUGAGGAAAUUAAAUAAUCCGAAUGUACUUACUUUUUGUGUUAGGUACACGUUUCCUGUGCAAUAUGUUACAUAUCACGUUUGUCUUGAAUAAAUAAAACGACAACAGUUA